AUGAAAUUUGGUAGAGACGAAAAGAAAUCUUCCAUUCAAGAUAUAAGGUCUAUUAAGGUAUUUAGUACAGAUAAUGACGACGAGUGUAGUAGUGAUGAUGAAAGAAAUAGUAUAGCUGAUAUAGCGUGUUUACCUGAAAUUUCAGCUGUAAAAAGGAAAGAAGAUAGAUGUUAUCAGCAUCUUUUACCGAUAGACAAUGGACUUUACGAUGGUACAGUUAGUGAAAAAUUUUUGCGCGAAGGCCUAGGUACAUACACUGUUAACAAUGACGAAGAAUAUUAUUCUGGUGCAUGGAAAGAUGAUAAACCUCAUGGAUAUGGUUAUAAUUUAAAAAGUCGUGGUUCAACUAUUUAUUAUGGUGAAUUUAACAAUGGACUACUUAAAGAAGGCUACGGAAAAGUGACAUUAGAAGAUGGCUAUGUAUAUAAAGGGCCGAUAAAAGAUGGAAAAUUUCAUGGUCUUGGAAGUCUGUCGAUGAAAAUAGCAGGUCUGAAAGAAAUAGAUACUCUUCAGCUUGUAGCCGAGUGGGAAAAUGGAAAAACGAGUAUUGUUUAUAAAAAUGAGAUUAAACUAUAUUACGAAUAUCAAUAUCAAGCCUUUUGUAAUAGUUUAGAAUCUAUUAUUUCAUUGAAUAGCGUAAGUCGGAAAGAACAAAGAAAAUUUUUUCAAAGUUUAAUUGACUUAUUAGAGAAACGUCUUUUGAAUCUUAACCUACUAAACGAAAUUGCCACCCAUUCUAUAUUGCCGAGAGAACUAAAAUCAUCAGCUAAUCUUUUAUAUAAAUUAGAUAAUAGUUAUACACAUCUGAAAAAAUAUACAGAAAUCGACAUAAAAAACUCUUAUAAUAAUUGUGUUAAAAAUAUCUGUGAAAUAGGAUUGAAAAUCUAUGCAACAAGUUUAGCGUGGACUGAAGAUGAUGAAAAAUUAGAUUGCAUUUCUUCGCGAAAAAUCUUUGAUGAAAAUUUAAAUAGUUUUACGCAAAAAUCUCAACUAUCUGAUCUUAAAGUGGUACUUUUAAUAGAUACGUUCGUGGUUGAUUUAAUUCAAAAAAUGAUACGUUUUGCUAAUGAAAAAUUACUUCGAAUUUCUUCACAAUAUCGAUCGGAGUUUAUUGAUAGUCAUACGAGAUUUAUAAAGAGAAUAUGGCUAGAUUAUUUUCAAGCGUUAGAAAAAGAUUCUAUUGCUAACAGUCUAGACGAUGAAAUCGAUAAAAGAUAUCAUUUUUAUACUGACUGUUAUUCGAACCUAUUGGAAAUUCCUUUAGUUAGCACAUUGGAAGCCGAACCGAACAAAUUAAACACAGAUCAAAAUAACAGCGACUUAGUAGCAGAAGAGAAUAAUAUGAAAUAUGAAAUUAAGUCAAUUAUUUAUAAAGCCAUGAAAUUUUCUUUGGAUCAAUUAAAGCCGUGGAGAAAUCUUCCGAUAAAUGAGCUAACGUCUUAUUUUAAGCAAUCUAUUCAUCAUGAUACUUCGAUUAAAGAAAUAGGAGAUAAAUUAUUGAUUCAAAUUUUGCAAGAUAUUGAAAGAAAAAUGGUUGACUUUUUCAAAAUGAAUACAAAACAUUUUUCUGACAUUUUACAAUCGAUUGUCUCUUAUUAUCAGAACAAUCUAUUGAACGACACGAAUUUAAAUUAUCAAAGUAAAAUGAAAGAAAUAAUUAGAAUAGUUGAUUACUUGUUGCAAAUUUCAGGAACAAAAAAUUCCCAUAUUAAAGAACUCACAGAUGCACAAUUAGAAUCGAUUAAGACGUUUAUUGAAAGAAAAGAAAAUGUCACAGAAUUUGUUGAUCAUUUCCUGAACUUCAAUGUAGAACUUUGCAACUUGUCGCAACAUUUCGAUAAUCAGUUCUCGGUUAGCAUACAUAGCGAAUUCAAUAGAAAUGCUUCAGACAUAAUAUCUUCAAUAAAAUAUUUUUUUAAAAUCUUACUGGCAAAAGAUAGCAAUAUGCGGUCAGAAAUACUGAGUAAAUAUGAAGUAUCCGACGUGGACGUUGCUUUGCGACAAGCAGUUUUUAAAGAACGCAUAUUUGAUGUAGAAGUUUUAUUAGAAUUAGGUGCGAACGUCAACGCACCAGGUCCUAGUUCAGGAAAAACUGCUUUACAUUGGGCAGUUAUUAGUAAGGAUAAACAUCUUGUUUCACGUCUUUUAGAAAAAGGUGGCGAUAUAACAAUAGAAGAUCACGAACAGAAAAGUUCACUUGAUUAUGCAAAAACGAAUGGAAUCGAAUUAAUUUCUUUACUAGAUGAAAUGAAAAAUGAAAAAAAGGAAAAUUCAUCAAAUAAGCUAUAUGCUUUACAAAAAAUAAACAAUUUUCUUACUAACUUAGGAUCUCUAGAUUUUACUUGGUUUGUAGAACGUAAAAAAAUUACUAAUUUAGAUACUAAUUUAUUUAAGCCAGCUGGAGAGAAAGGUCUUUAUAAAGUAACAAACAUUGAAAAAGCAAAAAAGAAAGUAAAAGAUCCAUGUCGGCAUUAUAUGUUAGAUACAAUAAACGAGCUGUUAGACAUUGUUAAAAAUGUGAAAAUAUUUAAUCGAUCAAGUCCAACUAAAAUAGUUAAAGUGAGAGCUGAAAUGCUAAUGGCAAUAGGAAAAUCUUUUAAGUAUUUUAAUGACCAAAUAAAAUAUAGUAGUUUAGAAAAAUUCAAAGACGAUUGUGUCAUCCCAUUUAGGGAUGUAAUGAGCGAUAGUGAUUCUUAUGAAACAUUUUAUAGUAAACUAGAAAAAAUUGAUUUAUACUUUUUAUAUGAUAGAAAAUUAAAAGAAAUCACUAUUGAUCAAGCUUUAGAAUUAUUCAAAGAAAAAAAUGGGAAUUUUUCUAAAUUAAAAAUAAUAAAAAAUUCCUUUUACAAAUAUGAAAAAGUUUUUAAAAAGUAUUUUUAUGAUAUUAUAGACAAAAAUAAAUCAAUUGAAGAAAUAACCACAGAAGCUAGAAAAAAUGCUAAUGAAUUAAAUUUUAAUAUAGAAAAUAUUCCAGAUAUUAUUGCUGGACUAGCAGUUAUACUUUCUUUAAGUGUGUCUGAUUUUAUCGAAAAAAAUCAUCAAGGAGAAUAUGUUUUGAAAGAGAAAUAA